GUAUUACUGCAAGUAACUUAAUUUUAUAAAAUAUCAAAAUAACAAUUGCUAAGUUUUGGCAAAAAAUAUAAAAUGGAGAUGAAAACAAUAAUAAAAAGCGAAUUAGAUCGCAAAAACUUAAUAUGGGAAUCAAUAAAGGAUUUAAAGAAGAAUUUAAAUAGCUCCUAUUCUACUAACACAUCUGCAUACAAUACAUAGCGCUCUCUUAAGCCUAAUAGUCAGUCUUAUCAAUAUCCUUCUAAUAACGAAAUGACUGAGAGAUGCAAUUAAGAUUAAGAAAUUCAAGAAUCUAAUAAUAAUAAUAAAUUUAGGUUAUCAUUUAAAUAAAAAGAAAAUGCUUAUUCUUCAAAUCACAGCUAAGAAGAAUGUCAUUUUUCUAAAAUUGAUACUAAUCUUUUAGAAAUUCCAUAGGUAAACGAGUAGAGCUUUUCUACUAAAAAUUCUAAUGAAGAUAAUGCUGAGGAAUUUAAUGAAUUUAGAAGAGUUCCGUCUCAGAUAAAAAAGCUCGUCGAAGGCUAAGAAGAUAAUUAAAAUGAAUACAGAAGAUACAGUCAAAACUCAGAAAAAAAAUAAAAUUAUGAGAAAAAUUUCAAUGAGUAAAUGACAAAUAUGACAAAUAAUAAUGAUACUAAUUAAUAAUUUAAAAAUAAUAAUCUACAGAAUAUUAAUAAAUCAAUCUAAUUAGAAGGAUCAUACACAGCUCAUUCAAAUAAUUAAGAAUAAGAUGGAUAUAUUUAAUAAAUAUCUCCAUUUAGAAAGUAAAAAAAUGAUAUAAAGGAAUAAUUUGUUGCAAGAAACAUUUGCGAAGUUAAUGAAUUUAAGAAAACAUAAAACCAAUCUGCUAACGAUCAAAUUGAAUUAAAUCAAAUUUUAUAGAAAGAAAAUUAGGAUCUAAAAAAUUUGAUAUCUAAAGUAAGAAAAGAAUGCCAUCAAAGAAUAUAAUCAAUUUAAAAAGAAUUUGAGGAGCAGUUAAAAGAAAACAACGCUGCUCAUGAAGAAAGUAUUAAAAUAUUAUAAUUAAAAUUUUAAGAGGAGCUAGCUUCAAAAGAAGAAGAUCUCUAAACAUUUAUGUUAGUUUAUCAAGAAGAGCAGUAAAAAAGCUAAAAAGAUGAGAGUAUUAAAGAGUCUUAAGAUUAUGAAGAAGCUUAAAAGAAGAUAUCAUUGCUCUAAGCUCAGCUUGAAGAAAGCAUAAAAGAAAAAAAUUAAUUGUCAGAACAUAAUAUUAACUUAACUUAGGAAUUUGAGCACUUGAAAAAUUAAAAUUUACAAAAUUUAAAAGACAAAUAGAAUGAGUUAAAUAUGAUUGGAGAAAAGUACGAAAAAGAAAUUCAAAGUUUAAAAAAAGAAAUGAAUGACAAAAUAUUAUAAACAAAUUAGGAAAACUUGAAAAAGAUUGAUAUAUUUGUCAAGGAAAAUAUUAGGCUUGAGGAUUAAUUAUCAAAAUUUGAAGCAUUAAGCAAAGAGUAGUAAAAAUAGAUUUAAACUAAAGACAUUUAAUUAGAGAGUUUGAAAAAUGAGCUCAAGCAAGCAAAAGAUUUGCUAGAAAUUGAAACCAAAAAAUAACAAUAAGCCUUACCAAUAAAACCUGAUACAUUUUAAACAAACCCAAAAAUGUAAAUCCAACCAUAAACUAAAAGAAGUUAAGUCUAAUUGGAUGAUAUAAAUAGUCACUCUUAUUAAACUUUAGUAACAAAAAGGGAUGAAAAUGAGAAAGAGAAUAUAAGAAUUAAUUAAAUAAUUACACCCUAAGUGCCAUCUAAAAAUAUUUAUGAGUAAGAUAAAGCAUUGAAAAAUCUAUUGGCAAAAAUUAAUGAUUUUAUAGAGUAGAAGGACACUAAAGAAAGUUCUGAUGUUGUUAACAAAGAAUGCAAUCAUUUGAAUGAGUCUAAUCUAAAUGAAUCCUAACAAUCAAUUCACAAAUCUAGUUUGAAUAAUCAUUAUAAUAAAAAGUUGAGAAUUUUAAGAGUAAAUAAUCAUAAUACUAGUUUAAACAUUUCAUAUACCUAGCCCACUGAAAAUCACAGAAGAGGCUAGAGUUUGAUUAAUUAAAGCUUAAAUGAAAGCUGUUCAGGAGUGGGAAUUGCUUAAUAAUAAACUCAUUUGAGAAACUUUUCUAUUGAAAGAGAGUCAAAUAUUAGAAAUCCUUAUUUGUUAGAUGCUGCUGAUAGCCACAGAUCCUAGUUUUUCCCUCACUCUAGAAGUAAUUCUAAUUUAAAUACUUAAAGGAGAGCCAUUAGCACACAUAUAAACACAGCAUAAAUGUGCUAUUAAUAGAAAUCAUAUGACAGAGAAUAAUUUUAAUAUAACAAUUAUGCUCAUAAUAGGAGUUUCUUCAGUGAUAGCGAUACAAGCAAAGGAAAUCUAGACUUCCUGUCAAUAAAUUAAAAUAUAGGAAAUAACUAUCUAAGCUCUAAAGAAAGUCCUUUAAGAAUAGAUGAAGAAUAUAGUAGUAUUUAGCAAAAGAAAUAACAAAAAUAAAUUUAAUCUUAAAUAAGUUAAGAUUUAAGCAUAAUAAGCAGAGCUCCUUACAAUGAAAAUUAUUCAAGUUGUUUAAAUGAGUAUAAUUAUAUGAGCAAUAAGUUGUAAGAUAAAAUAGAAGUCAAGUUAAGUAACCAGCAGUAAGUGUAUAAAUUAUAAGAGAAAGAAAACUAACCUCAAUUUGCAAACAAUUACAAUUAAUUUGCUAACUCUUUAGGUUACGAUCAAAACUAAAUUGAUUUAAAGCAAGAAAGAAAAAAAUUUUAAUCCACUUAAGAAAUAUAAUAAAAACUCUCAUUAUGGGAUAAUAUGGAUACACUUGCUGUAGAUGACGAAGAAUAAAAUGGAUUUAUGAACACAAUUAAAGAUUUACAUUCCAAAAUUAGACUAAUUAAAAAAUGA